AUGCAGAAGCCACAGUCUGUGGACAGUGUGGAAUCUUACUUUAUACCCCUUUCCCGUAGCAUCCCCGACCUUCAAUGGUGGAAAUUUGAUUUUUCCCCGUCCACUUCCCCCAGACACGUGUGGAUAAGCCUUCCAUAUGGUGUAGAAAUAGUUUCUGGAAAGCAAUCCUUACUUCCUUUCAAUACCAGAUUUCUUGGUCAACUUAAUAUUUUCAGUUGGGGAGAAGAAUGUUCUGUCAACGGAAUACGAAUUACGCCUUCCCAACGGGAUCAGUUGAUUUGUAUCGAAACCCGAAGUCCUGAGCGACAGUGCCAAAUUCUUUGGCUUGAUAGUAAUCGACCAGCAGUAGUGAAAACUCCAUCUGGAGAUAAGGAGAUUGUAGACGUAAGAAAUCCCUCCCAACCGCUUCUCGGAAGUACAUUCUUUGGUUGGGUGUCUGGUCUGGAAAUAGAGUCAUCCAAACCUCAUAUUAUCGACAAUGAUUGUUUCCUAGUUCCUGUGGACUUUUCCAUUCGUGAUGACGUUGCUGUUGUGCUCUCUCGACCCUCCAAACUAUCCAACGGCGAAUCAGUUCAGCUGACAAAUUCGAAGUCAGGAAGAGUUUUUGUUGUCAAUCCCCAGAGUGACAGACCCUUUCCCUGUCCUUACGAGCCCAUUAAAACCUGCCAGACUUACUCUUGUGUGGAGAGCACAGAAUCCCUCCAUGAAGAUGAAUGCCUUGAGGAGGUAGGAGGAGGAGACCUCGAAUUUCCAGGAAACAUGGUAGACGAUGAGACAGGAAAACAUGACACUGAUCUUUCCGAAACUCUGGUUGAAAUUGAAGAUCUUUUCAAUCGAGUGGUUUGGAUUAUUGUAAACGAAUCGGAUGCUGGCAGUCCAACUCGCGAUAGGACUAUCGAAGCUCAACGACACAGAAUUGAAAUGCAGUUGGAGGAAAUGAGGAAUUUUGAAGGGGAAUUUCAAAACAAUGAAACCAAUCGGCCUCUGUCACUAUUGGAGAAACUUCUGGCAAUUCUAACCUGCCUUCUUGAAAUUGGUGAAAUGGUAAGCGUGCACAGAAUGGUAGAUAAUCCACAACUAUUGCAAUUGGUCAAGAACAAAAUUCCCAAAUUAACCUCUUGGAUGAAUAACCAAUCAAAAGACGAUCAUUUCCUUCUACAACAAGCGCGUGAGACUAUUAGUCAGCUUACAAAUAUCCAAUCAGCGUUGACUUGCUUAUUGGGGAUUGACCAAUCGCAUAUUGACCUCAAGCCAUCGAUUUCAGAAGCGCAGUUAUGCCUGAACAGAUGUAUAGAAAGGGAAAUCAAUGAAAAGUUAGAAGAUCGCCCAACCGAUGAGCGAAUUCACUUUAAUUUAAAUAAUGUCCUGCCAAACUUCAUUGAAAGUUUCAACGAAUGUGUGACAAAGAUCUCAUCAAAUAAAAAUUCUACGAGUAGAGGAAAUGGCAAUUUGAAGCAAAUAAGUGCCGACCUAUCUGAAAACGCCAAUUUUCUAAAGUCCAACGGUGCGUGGAUUUCAUGCAUACUGAAUGAAGAGGUAUGUGAGAGACUCGGGAUUUCUCAGCGAAAUUACAACAAUUUGAGACUCCUUUAUGAGCACGCUUUAAAUGCUUACAAACUCCUGAUAAUUCGCUCGCGUUUGGUGUGUGAACAUUCGGGUCUGCAGUCACUGGCAUCCAGACUAACAAACAUUCUUGAGCAAUCAGCAAAGAGUACGCUAAGUCGGUGGGAGAUUUGUCAUUUGGAAAGGGAAUUGGAUGGUUGCGAAGCCGAAUGUGUGUUUGAAGCUUUUACAAGCACAGAGGGCUGUUGUGAAUUCGUUCGAGGAGUGAUUUUUCAACUAAGAGAAAUCAUUGUGACGAUUAGAACAAACUUGAAUGAAGUUGAAAUUAAGCAGGAAUCUUUAACGUCUGAAUUUGCGAAACGCCUUAACGCGUGA